AUGUCUAAAGGAAACUCUCAGCUUAACUAUUUUACAUUAAUCCUUCAAAUCAUCUUUUUGCAAACAUGCCAUGCUCGGAAGAGCAAACACUACUGUCCUCGUUCUGCUUGUGGCGAUAUCCGUAACAUAAGCUACCCUUUUCAUUUAAACACCGAUCCAAAACAUUGUCGUUUUUCAGGAAUUGAAUUAGCUUGUGAAGGUAACCAAACCGUUAUAUGGUUAUCCUCCAAGAAGUUGCACGUUCAAGGCAUCGACUAUGCUUAUCAUACAAUUCGCUUGGUAGAUCCGACUUUACAAACAGAUGAUCUAUGUUCUCUCAUACCUUCUAAGCUUACCUGUCACGAAUACAGUGAUUUCUUCAGCCCAUACUAUUAUGCAUCACAGCUUAGAAUAGUAGCGCCAAAUUUCAUGUUCAAUUGUCCAUUUGCUGUUAAUGAUUCGACAUUUAUGGAAAUUAGUGGCUGCAAAUCAAGCAAAUACACUUAUCUAAAGAUUGGAAAAAUGAAUGUCUCUGAAGUGAGUGAUGGAUGCAGAGCGGAGUUUAUAGGCUUGACCUCAUGGCCUAAUAUUAACAACAUUUCCCUUUCUGAUUUUCAUCAAGCAAUCCUUUAUGGCUUUGAGCUCUAUUGGAGUUUCGAAGAAAGGAUAAGAGUUGCUUUAAUGAUUCUCUGUGAGUACUCAAACUUUUCUCUACAUAUGCUUUAAUUUCUCCAUU